AUGGCUUUGAAUGAGAAGGAAAGAAAAUCCAAUAAGUAUGUGGUAUCGAAUAAGAAUGUGAAGGUAGUCCAUGAAGAAGAAGAUGGAGGUGGUGGUGAUGAUGAUGAGGGAUUUUCUAAGCAAUUUUCCUCUGUCAUGUUAGAGAUAUACCAAGUCGAGCUCCUAAGAAGGGGCAACUAUCAGCAACACCGUACACAAUUUAUCGAGGCUUUGAAUGAGAAGAGAGUCCAUGAAGAAGAAGAUGGAGGUGUGGUGUUGAUGAUUAUGGAUUUUCGAGCCAUUUUCAUCUAUCAUGUUAGAGGUAUACCAAGUCGACCUCCUAAGAGAGUCCAUGAAGAAGAAGAUGGAGGUGGUGGUGAUGAUGAUUAA